AGUAUCAGAGGAGGACAGGAAUAGUGUGGGUUGUGCCAUUUUGAAGACGGUGUAAUCAUUGUUCGACUUCUUUGUCUUCAGUAUAUCGGCGGUUUUGAUCAAAGAAAGCAGCCGAGAUGUCCAAAUAUACUGAGGUUGAUAUGAAGGAUGUGGAGCUGAAUGAGGGAAAUCCAGAAAGGCAGCCUGUUGCUGCUGCCAAUGGUGAUGCCAGCUCAGGUUUGUUAUCCGAAAAUGGCAUCACGAAGAUCAAGAUUGCUGACGAGAAGGAAUCCAAAUUCACCGGACUGUCCAAGGAGGAGCUGUUAAAAGUCGCUGGAACUCCAGGGUGGGUGCGAGCCCGAUGGGCGCUCCUUGUUCUGUUCUGGCUUGGUUGGCUUGGCAUGCUCGCUGGUGCCAUCGCUCUCAUCAUACAGGCACCUCGGUGCAAGCCGCUUCCUGAGCUGAACUGGUGGGAUUUAGGGCCCCUGUACCAGAUUGGAGACGUUAAUGCGUUUGCCGGACCUGCUGGCCUUAAAAGUAAGGAUUUGGGGGCGAAGAUUGGUGCUUUGGGACAACUGAAGGUGAAGGGUCUGAUUGUUGGUCCCAUUCAUGUAUCCACUGCUGAUCAGUUUGACGACCUGAAUUUGACGGAGAUUGCCCCUUCUGCUGGCAGUCUUUCUGAUCUGGAGACUUUUAUUAAUGCAGCGCACAAGAAAGGUAUGUCCGUGGUUUUGGAUCUGACCCCGAACUACAAAGGAUCCGAGCCAUGGUUCUCCAACGCUUCACUGACCGAUGUGGCAGAAGCUGUCAGGGCUGCCACUGAUCACUGGCUAGACAAAGGCGUUGAUGGUAUCCUGCUAUAUGGUUUUGAGCAUGUUGCCAAAGUUGUACCAUUGGUUUGGGAUAGCAUAAGGGAGACUGUCAGUAAUCACACCGAAGAGGACAAGAAAAAGGUUUUAAUUGGAGUUACCGAGGCCACGUCUCCUGAUGAUGUGAACGUCCUAUUGAAUCAGACUGGUGUGGAUUUGCUCCUUUCUGACGUCCUGAGAAACAAAUCUGGCGACGCGGUUGAGCAGGUUGUGGAGAAUCUCUACUCUCAGAACGGGAUCCAACUGGCUUGGAACCUGGGUCACCGUGUCAAGGGACACCUGGCCACCAUGGUAGAUUCUAUGGCUGUCAAGUUGCACCAGCUGCUGCUUCUUACCUUGCCUGGAACUCCUGUCUUCAACUAUGGUGAUGAAAUUGGUCUAAAGGAUGAGAAUACAGUAUAUCCAGUGAUGAUUUGGGACUCUUCAGACACAAACGAGACUGAGAAGUCUCAGGUAGAACAGAGGAACUCUCUGCGCACUUUCUUCAGGGAUGUGAGUGACGAGAGAGUGAAGAGCCGCUCCCUUCUGCAUGGAGAUUAUAUUCUUCUGUCCAGCACCGCCAGUACUCUCGCAUACUUGCGCUCAUGGGACCAGAGUGACUGUUACAUAGCUGCAUUCAACUGGAAUCCUACUGAUAAAGACACUCUGCAGCUGCGCCACGAAUUGCUUCCUGACAAAGCCACAGUUGUAGUUAGUACUAAUGAAGAAAAAAUGGCCCAUGCCCAGUCCAUUAAUUUGUUGGAAUUCGAAUUGGAGCCACAACAGGCUGUUCUGCUUAAAUUCCCUCAUGUUGCAUAAACAGAAGCGCACAUGUACGCUAAAACGUGGUUGUUCUGUACUGUUACAUUUUAUGAAAUCCUGUUAGUCAUUGUGCUAAAAAUGUAAAGAAUUUGGUCGUAAACUUGAAAUACACUCAUGCAAGUAUGCAUGAAACAAAGCCCUUUAGGUCAAGACCAACGGUUUUAUGAGGUUUUUUUUUCCCCUACUUUGUUUUAAAACAUUCCAGGUUUCAGCCUAUUUAAAGGUUUAGUGUGUGCAAUGCAAUUUGUAUGUGAAACGUUACUGAUUUUGAACUGACGGAAAACCCCAAAACCCUGUGCAAAAUGGUGUUUAAAAUAAAAAUGGAACAGCAUUCAUGA